AUGGGCCAUGCCUGGGUAUGGUGGGAGUCUGAGACGGAGUCUCCCAGCGAGUCAGAGAAGAACAGUGACUUCCAGUCUCUUCUCAGCUGGGAUUCAAGCUUGGAUCUGGACGUGGGGAGCUGGAGGAAUACUGAAGAGGUGGCCAUGGGGAAGCUAGAGGAGAGCAGCCAAGAGGCAGACCAUGAGCUGGAGUUCAGUGAGCCUCUCUGGGAGGAUGAUAGUGAAGACUACCAAAAGGCAGAGAGGCCAUGUGAAGAUGACAGUCUUCUCCAAUUCUUCUCAGAGAUAACCCAGAUGAUGGAACCUCUCCGCAUUAGCAGCACAGAGUCAUCACAGACUCAGUGGGAUUAUUGUGGCUCUGGGAAGCAGGGUGAUAGGGAAGAUGUGAGGUGCCAGGAAAAGACCACAGGAACAGCAGUCUCAGGAGCAGAGGAAAGUCAACUACACAUGCUGGCAGAAGAUGAGAAAGAACACUUCCUGGGAAGAGAGGACAACACUCAAGAGGCACCUGGAGAGCAAACUUUAGGUGAGCCGCAUCCGCAGGAGAUGAGUAAUCAGGCCCAGGAUCAAGAUGAUAGUGAUAGCACCUCUGCAGCCCCUGUGCUGGACUCCACAAGUCCUGCUAACACGCAGCUGGUGCAGCUGAGCUGGGAUAACCCCCUGCAGCGUUUGCUCUUCAAAAGAACUCUAUUGUCCAUCUGGAAGAUGAUAGCCAGUCACAGGUACAGUGGUCCAUUCCUGAAAGCAGUGUCAGAGAAACAAGCCCCUGGAUACAGGGAUGUGGUGAAGAGACCCAUGGAUUUAACCAGCAUAAAGAGAAGACUGUCAAAGGGACACAUUCAGUCCAUGAUCCAGUUCCAGCGUGACCUCAUGCUCAUGUUCCAGAACGCCAUGAUGUACAACAGCUUCAACCACCACGUCCACCGCAUGGCCAUGGAGAUGCAGCGAGAGGUCUUGGAGCAGCUGCAGAUGUUGUGUGAAGCCCUCCUGUGCUCAAGGGACAGGCUGGGGUGGGGGAGAAGGUAAUAAGCUACGUCUGAGGCCUGUUUCUUUUGGAGCAGUGUUGUCUCAGUGGCUUGAGAGGUCUGCUGGGGCUCAGGGGACGUGCCGACACUGCCGCCGUGGCCUGUGGCAGACCUAGUUAUCCCGCAGUGGUGCCUGCCAGGUUGAUGGGAUAAGGAACAAAACUGUUUCUAGGAGGGGCACCGGAAGGGAAACCUCCUUUCUUCCCCCGGGAAGAGCAGCAGCGUAGACAUGCAGUGAGAAAAGGUUCCCUGGGAUGAAAAAAAAAAAGGGGGGGGGGGGAACCAUCUUUGUGACCAGUUGGGAUGAAUCAGGGCCCAGCCCUGUGAAGGUUGCUGGCUGUUCACCCAGGGCACUGCAGGAGAGCUCUGCUGUCCGCUGCCUUCCCUGCCCGUCUGCGGCGUCGCUGGGCUGGGCUUCGGGCUGGCUUGAGCGUUUACCCCCGGUGUCGCCUCAGGCCCCGAGGGCGGCGGGGCCCCGCGGUGCUGCGGCCU